AUGGCACCGCCCCCCACCGCUCCCUCUCUGGUCGCACCUGAAGGCCCUGUAACGAGUCGAAACGGCACCGUGCUGCCGCCAUAUGACACGACGUACUACUUCAAUCAGCUGAUCGAUCAUAAUGAUCCUAGUCUUGGUACUUUCGUACAGCGUUACUGGCAUACUUGGGAAUUCUAUGAGUCGGGCGGACCCAUCAUUUUGUUCACACCGGGGGAAAUCAAUGCCGAUGGCUAUCAGGGCUACCUGACAAACGGAACCAUUAACGGUCUCAUCGCGCAGCAGCAGAACGGUGCUACUAUCGUCCUCGAGCACCGGUUCUAUGGCUAUUCGAACCCGUAUAACAAUCUAUCAAGCACGAGUCUCCGUGUGCACACGCUACCGCAGGCGAUAGAUGAUCUCGUGUACUUCGCGAAUAACGUCGACUUGCCCAUGCCCGGUGGCGAUGCCGUUAAGCCCGGUCAGGCGCCCUGGGUCCUGAUUGGUGGCAGCUACUCCGGCGCGCUUACUAGCUUCACUGUGGUGAACCAACCGGAAACCUUCUGGGCUACCUAUGCCUCGUCAGCGGUUGUUGAGAGCAUCGUCGACUAUUGGGGCUACUUCGAGCCCAUCCGCCAGUACAUGCCGCAGAACUGCUCCGCGGACGUCGAGGCUGUCAUCGCCUAUAUCGACCAGACAUUCACGACGGGCACUGCCGAGGAGAUUAACUCGAUUAAGACACUGUUCAACAUGAACCUGUCGCACCUCGACGACUUCGCUGGUGCCUUGCGGAACAACCUCUGGGACUGGCAGUCUCUUCAACCAGAUAGCGGACCCGACCAGCAAUUCUUCCAAUUCUGCGACGCGCUCGAGGUCAAGGACGGUGUAAGUGCGGGUCCAGAGGGCUGGGGCCUCAAGUAUGCGCUUAACGCCUGGGGAACGUACUGGGCGAACACAUACUACUACCUGAUCUGUGGUGACCUGGACGCUGAGGAUUGCCUGGGAACCUACGACCCCACGCAAUCGUACUACACCGAUAUCUCUAUCAACAAUGCUGGGCGUUCCUGGGAAUGGAUUGUAUGCAACUACAUGGGCUUCCUCCAGGAUGGCGCCCCGCUCGACUACCCUACUAUCGUCACGCGCCUGGUUCAACCUAUAUACGAUGAGCGCCAGUGUACGUACUACUUCCCGGAGGCGUUUCCCAGUCCGCGGGCUCCGGAGGUGGAUGUGAUCAACGCAGCCUAUGACGGGUGGUUUGUGAAUCACAAUCAGCUCUUCUUCGCGAACGGACAACGCGACCCGUGGCGUGAGGCGACUGUGUCAGCAGAUGGACUCAACCGCGUCAGUACACCAUGGCAGCCCAUCGAGGAGGGCAAUGCUUUCCACACCUCCGAUCUGCUGACGGAGAAUGGGGUGGUAGAUGCCACCGUCGCGGCGGUGCAGGCAAAGGGUCUAGCCUAUAUGAAAGAGUGGUUGGCGGGUUGGAAGCCCUCGGCCUCAUGA